UUUUGUCUCUUUUUCUUUAUCUUCUACUUUUCGGUCAUGUCCAACUGGAAAAACGUCAAUAACUGGCAUUGGGUGAGCAAGAAUUGCUUGAAUUGGGCUCAAAAAUAUUUCGAUGCCCAGCUUGUCGGCUUGCAAGCCGAGAGGGACGGCAAUAAGGUGGCUAUUACCAAGGUCAACGAGUGCGUGGGCGAUGUCGAUUUGAGUCAGCGCAAAGGCAAACUCAUCACUAUUUACGGCGUCGAAUUGAAACUCACUUGGGAAGGUACCACGGCCAAUGGUACCCAAGCGACCGGCAAAAUUCAUGUGCCCGAAGUAGCGCACGAUACCGAGGCUGAUGAGUACGUGUUUGAUGUGUCGGUGGACAAUGACAGCCAAGAGAAGCAAGUGCUUCGUGAUGUGGUGAAAAAGCAAUUGGCACCUUUGAUGAUUGACAAGUUUGAAAAACUGGCCACCGCCAUGAUCAAAGAAAACAGCUCGGACGUUUACAUUGAGCAGAAAGAUAAGGCCGGUUCUGGCGCGCCCACGGUCGGUGUCACCAAAGAACGGACCGGAGUGACGCAUAUUAAUAAAACCACGAGCAACGUCACUUCCACGACGUCGACUGAAAAGUCUGGAUCCAAGGUGAAUACGACUACCUUGCAAGAAACCAUUGAAUUCCAAACCUCGGCCCACGAACUGUUCGAAACGUUGCUGGAUCCUCAGCGUGCCUCAGUAUGGACCCGCGGUCCUGCCCAAGUAUCUAAGCAAGUCGGUAGCAAGUUUCAGUUCUUCAAUGGCAACGUAUCAGGCGAAAUUUUGGAAGUGGAACCUGAUAAAAAGAUUGUUCAGUCAUGGCGUCUGGCUUCGUGGCCUGCAGGUCACUACUCUACUGUCACCAUGACUUUUAACCAAGGCAACGACAAUGUGGAGUUGACCGUGAAACAGACGGGAGUUCCAAUUGGCGAAGAAGAAUUGACGCAGCGUAACUGGGCAGGCUACUACUGGAGAGCCAUCAAGCAAUCAUUUGGAUUUGGCGCAGUGUUUUAAAUGCAAAAAUGGAUAAACGAACAAAAAAGAUUAAAGAGAUCAACAAUAAAAUAUAAUAAUUCAGAGAAUGGGACCGCAUUUUACUGGGGAGUGACACUCUCUAUUUUGUAAAUGGCAAGGAUCCUGUCGCAUGUGAUCUGGGACGCGAAGCAUC